AUGGACGAUGUAUCACUCCACCAGGAGGAUUCUGGGAACGACGCAACAGCCAACCAGACGGAGGACAACAAAAACAAUCAGACAGAGAGAGAGGCUUCAGUGCAGGAGUGUGACCCCCCUAAGAGAGACCACCUGGCGGAGGACACAGUGGAAGGUCAUGUGGUUAAAGAGGGAGAGAAGGGAGAGGCAGGGAACGGAGAGGGGAGGAAGGGAGAGGGAGAGGGAGAGGGAGAUGGAGGGAAGGCACCAGAGAACAAGAGCAAACCAGUAAAAGAAAAGGAAGGGGCAGGAGGAGGAAAGGUUAAAGAGAAAAGCAAGGAGGUGGAGAAGCAAGGAAAGACCAAAAGAAAGAGUGGCGUGAAUCACACCGCCUCUACCCCAUCCUCUGUGGCCCGACCCCGGAGCUCUGCCCGCUCUGCCCGGCCGUCCACUAAAAAGGACAUCAUAGCAAAGUUCCAGAAAAAUGACUCUGAGACACCGGUUGUCCGCAACUUCAAACUUCAGAGAUCAUCUAUGGCUGUGGCAAACGGGGCGUCAAUCAAACAGAAAGUGCUUUCAUGGUGUCAAAACAAAACACGCAAAUACGAGGGUGUUUCCAUAGAGAACUUCUCAUCAUCAUGGUGUGAUGGGCUGGCGUUCUGUGCACUCAUCCAUCGCUUCUUCCCGGACGCUUUCGACUUCUCAGCCCUGAGCUCAUCUGAGAGAGAGAAGAAUUUCACGCUGGCCUUCAACACAGCAGAGACCAUGGCUGACUGCUGCCCCCUGUUGGAGGUUGGUGAUAUGAUCCUGAUGGGGAACAGCCCGGACCCUAUGUGUGUGUUCACCUAUGUCCAGGCACUCUGUCAUCACCUCUCCAAAAUAGAGAAGGAGAGGAAGGACAAGGAAGAAGAGGAGAAGAAGAUUGAAAAGAUGAAAGACGAAGAGGUAGAAACCACUACAGAGAAGAAAGAGGAGGAGAGUGAGGAAACUGGGGAGAUAGAUGGUCAACAAGAGGAGGGGGAUGAGGGAAGAGAGAACAAAGUAAAAGACGAGAAAGAGAGUGAGGAGAGCUCAGCGGUAGAGAAAGAGCAAGAGGAAAGAGAAGUUAGAGGGUUAAUUGAAGCACAGGCUUAAGCUAAUGCUAAAAAAAGACAUGGAAAAGAGAUUCAUAUAAGUCACAUGAUGAAGUAUAGUUUUACAGUUUGGAACACGACAAGUGUUUAGCGUGUCAGGGGCGAAAAUCUGAUAUCAACUUUGGAGGGGACAAUUACAUGACAUUUUCUCAAGAGCAAUUCCUGAGAGGGACACCAAAAGUAGUGCUGUAACACAUAGCCUACAUUGUAAUA